UACAGAUUGCUUUAUAUUCAUCUGUGAUAAACACUCUGAUGGAAAUAAGUACUUCUGAGUUCCCACACCCAUACACAAAUGAACAGUGUCAAGUAAAACUGUACCAAGUUCUGGGAGCUUUUUUUGAACAAGAUAUUGCAAAAAAAGAAUUGAAAAAGGCACUGUCCCUUGGUGUAGCCAUACAUAUACUCAGCAAUGGUUCCACUAGAAAUAAUAGACAUAUUUCGACAGUUUGCCAACAAAGUUUGAGAUCUUUAGAGAAAUUGUGCCAGCCUGUUGGACCCCCAAUAGGCCCCCCCGAUGUAUACACUACAAUGGAACCUGAUUUUUCUGAAAAUGUUGAUGAUGAAAUGGAGACCGCAACUCAUAAUGUUCCUGACGAUUCAGAGGCUGCAGAACAAUUGGACUGUGCUGCGGAUCCCAGUGGGGAUGACGCAGACAGUGAAAAGACAGUUGAGUGGAAGACAUCACAAAAGAUAAAUAUUCAAGAAGUGAAAAUUAUUAAAAAGUCGACUAGUAUGGAAGUUUCGCAAUGUGAAAGUGGAGAAAAAAUGCACAACGAAGAAAAUAUCUCUUGCAAAGAAACAGUUGAGGCAAAUGUCACGGACCAAUCAAUAGCUGUAGAAAAUACAGAUUUACCGCAAAAGGUCUCUGACACUGAAGAGGCAAUUGUGAAGGAGGAGUUUCUCAGUCGCAGUGAAAUUCAACCCGAAGAAGUUGAAGAUAAUUCACAAAUGAAAAACUCUGAAAGCACAGUUUCUAAUGUGCCAAAUGAAUUGCCAAGUAACAGUGAUGUCAAACAAGAAAAAGAGCAAGCUGUUGAAGUAUCAACGCCUGUAGAUAUUCGUCUUGAACCACAACAGACUGAAGUUCUUGCUAGCGACACCAUAGAAUCUGCCAACAAAAAUGUCGCAGCCAAAGAAGAUGAAUGCGAAGAAGGGCCUCCUCUGAAGAAAAGCAGGGUUGAUGAGGGAUUUCCGAAUGAUUCUGACUUGAAAAGAGAACAGUUAAGUCAAGAAGAAAUAGAUGACGUGUUCGAAGAAGAUGAUUCAUUUGUUGAUGUUGUAAGGGACGAUUAUUAAGUGACCAACUGAUUAUUUUUACUAGUUUGCUUUUUUCAAAGUUUAUUCAAUAGGAUGGGCGGUCUAACCUGUUUUUCAAUAAACUGUACAUAGAUUUA